GUUAUAAGCCAUGGCAGUAUGGAUCCAAGCCCAGCAGCUGUGUGGAGAAGCCUUGCAUCAGAUGCAGGCCUUGUAUGGACAACAUUUUCCAAUUGAAGUACGGCAUUACUUGUCCCAGUGGAUAGAGAGUCAGACAUGGGACACCAUUGAUCUGGAUAAUCCUCAGGAAGAAUUCAGAGCAAAACGGCUGCUAGAAAAUUUAAUACAGGAGUUACAGAAGAAAGCAGAGCAUCAAGUUGGAGAAGAUGGUUUUCUCUUGAAGAUAAAACUGGGACAUUAUGCUAACCAGCUUAAGACAACCUAUGACCACUGUCCCCUGGAAUUGGUACGAUGUAUAAAACACAUUCUGUACACAGAACAAAGACUUGUGCGAGAAGCAUCAAAUUCAAGCUCUUCUGGAGGUGGUCUUUUAGACAGCAUGUCUCAGAAGCAUCAUCAGAUAAACCAGACUUUUGAGGAACUACGGCUAAUGACUCAGGACACAGAAAAUGACUUGCGGAAAUUACAGCAUAAUCAGGAAUACUUCAUUAUCCAGUACCAGGAAAGCUUACGCAUUCAAGCCCAACUUUCCAGCUUGUCAGCUCUACCACCAGCUGAUCGACUGCUCAGAGAACAGACUCUGCAGAAUAAAAGAACAACAGUGGAGGCAUGGCUGACAAGGGAAGCCAAUACACUACAGAAAUACCGUCUGGAUCUAGCAGAGAAACACCAGAAGACACUUCAGUUGCUCCGGAAACAGCAAACUAUUAUUCUUGAUGAUGAGCUUAUACAGUGGAAGCGUAGGCAACAGUUAGCAGGAAAUGGUGGUCCUCCAGAAGGUGGACUGGAUGUUUUGCAGUCUUGGUGUGAAAAAUUAGCAGAAACAAUUUGGCAAAACCGGCAGCAGAUCCGAAGGGCAGAGCAUUUGAGACAACAACUUCCAAUUCCUGGGCCAAUUGAAGAGUUGCUCAAUGAUUUGAAUGGAACGAUCACAGAUAUUGUGUCUGCACUAGUAACCAGCACCUUUAUAAUUGAAAAGCAGCCACCACAGGUCCUGAAAACACAGACAAAAUUUGCAGCCACUGUACGACUGCUGGUUGGAGGCAAGCUGAAUGUGCAUAUGAACCCUCCCCAGGUGAAAGCUACAAUAAUCAGUGAGCAGCAGGCUAAAGCGCUCCUAAAGAACGAGAAUACCAGAAAUGAUAGCAGUGGUGAGAUCCUCAAUAACAACUGUGUUAUGGAGUAUCAUCAGACAACUGGGACAUUAAGUGCUCACUUUAGAAACAUGUCAUUAAAAAGGAUCAAACGUUCAGAUCGUCGAGGGGCUGAAUCAGUUACAGAAGAAAAAUUCACCAUACUCUUUGAGUCCCAGUUUAGUGUUGGGGGUAAUGAGCUUGUAUUUCAAGUUAAGACAUUAUCACUUCCUGUGGUUGUGAUAGUCCAUGGAAGCCAGGACAACAACGCUACAGCCACAGUGCUCUGGGACAAUGCCUUUGCUGAACCUGGAAGGGUGCCUUUCAUAGUUCCUGAUAAAGUGCUUUGGCCACAGUUAUGUGAUGCUCUUAACAUGAAAUUCAAGGCAGAAGUGCAAAGUAAUCGAGGACUAUCAGAGGAAAAUUUGGUGUUUCUGGCUCAGAAGGCUUUUAGCAGUUCCAGCAUAAACCCAGAGGACUAUCGUACUAUGACAAUGUCCUGGUCUCAGUUCAAUAGGGAGAGCUUGCCUGGUCGGAAUUUCACAUUUUGGCAGUGGUUUGAUGGUGUUAUGGAACUUACAAAAAAACACCUUAAACCUCAUUGGAAUGAUGGGGCCAUUCUAGGAUUUGUAAACAAACAACAAGCACAAGACAUGCUCAUGUCAAAGCCAAAUGGUACCUUUCUUCUGCGAUUUAGUGAUUCAGAGAUUGGAGGUAUUACAAUAGCAUGGGUGGCAGAAAACCCAAACAAAGCAGGUGAAAGGAUGGUGUGGAAUUUAAUGCCAUAUACAACCAAAGACUUCUCUAUUCGGUCUCUGGCUGAUCGAAUUAGUGACCUGAAUCAUCUACUGUUUCUGUAUCCUGACAGACCAAAAGAUGAUGUCUUCUCCAAAUACUACACCCCACCCCUUUCUAAAGCAGUUGAUGGAUAUGUGAAACCGCAGAUCAAACAAGUGGUACCAGAGUUUGCAACAGCAUCCUCUGAUUCUUCCAAUGCCAACACAUACAUGGAGCAUGCUUCAUCACCAGCUGUUGGUCACUCACAAACAUACAGCAUAUAUCCUGCCAGUGGUGACCCAAUGCUGGACGCAGAUGGUGAUUUUGACCUUGAUGAUACAAUGGAUGUGGCAAGACAUGUUGAAGAGCUGCUACGGCGACCAAUGGAAAGUCAGUGGAUAAGCCACACUCAGUCGUGACCUUUAACCUUUGCCCUAAAAGAAUAUUUGCAAAAUUAUCUGAUGGUUUAAUUCCAUAGAAUGUUGUUUCAUAUUUUUUUAAGGACCGUAAUGUGAAAUGUUAAUAAUAAUGGUUGUGAAUCUAAUAUUUGGAGCAUGGCAAGCAUAUCACAUUUUCUUUGUUUUUGUCUUAUUGACUUAUUACUGUUAAUUUCUUUUAAUUGCUUGUAAUACAAAACAAAACUGUUGUUUUUACUGCAGUGAGAAAACAUAUGAUAUAUUGUAAAAAGACAAUUUGCAUAUUUUGUGUUUUAGAAAAUGAAAGCCUACUGUACAAAGCAAUCCUUUAAAGUUUUUAUCUUGGUUUGUUGGCACACAAAUGUUACCUUUAUUGAAUUUCACUGCCUUGCCAUGAAACAGGAUUUUAUUGUUUAUCUUUUUUAUUUCAUAAAGGUUCCAAACUUUUGCAGUCAUUUAACAAGAUAAUUAUUCCUGUCAGUUUCUGUGUUUUAGAAAUAUUUGUGUUUUGUUUACGCUAUGUGGAAACAGUGAACCCAGUUUUUGGCAGUGAACUGAAUGUUUGAUGAGGGUGCACUUUGACUCUUGAUGAAUGAUAGAAGGAAUCUCCAUUAAGCAGGAUUAUGGAUCUAGUGAUACUAGCUUCGUUUUAGGCCUAUUUCUUUGUUAAUUAUACAAAACAGUAUAUGCAUUUAAAAGAUGGAAAUAAGUUGGGGUUGAGAACUUUUUGCCCUUUGUAUCAAAUGUAUUAUGCAUUUUGUAACAUUUAUUUUGUCCUAGAUCCAUUCCUUUUUCUCCAGUGGCCUUAGUAUUGUCCCUGCAAUUGGUAUUUAUGAAAUAGUUUAAAAGUAUUCCCUCUAAAAUGCUUUGAAAACUUACUUUGUUAUACCACAUAGAUAGGUCCUAACUAAUAAGCCAUAAGGAUCUCAGGAAUGUAACUGACUGCAGAAAACAAUGUAUUCUUGGGUUUUGUAGCAUUACAGUGUUACGAGUAUAAAGAAAUAUUUUUCUCAAAUGUUAUUUUCCUAUCUAUAUACCUAUUGCAUACAGCUGUAUUCCUGGACAUAUAAUGAACAUUCUCCAUUGAAUCAAAUGAACCUUGGAAUAACAACAUAAAAAUGCCAUACAAGAAUCUUAAAGGUAUACUGAAAGAUGUAAUGUUACAAUGAAGCUUGUUAAUGUGUUUUGUGUCUGAUUGACUUCUUUCUUGAAAAGAUACUCCAGGGAAUUAUAUUAACACCCAUUAUUUCUAGUAUAUUGUCAUAUAACUUAAGAUAGCUGGUCCAAAUGAGCUGGGCUCUGUCUUUCUCUCUUUCUUUCUCACACUCAUGUAUGUAUAAAAUACAUACACAAAUAUAUAAAAGUAGAGGAUGAGCUGUGCUUUUUUACGUGUUUUUAUUCAAUUCUUGGGCGCAGGUUUACAGAAGACAUUAAGGUUUUUCAUUAAAUAAAUACAAAAAAAAUAAAUAAAUAAAUAAAUAAAUGCAUGUGAUACAUAGAAACAAUUCUUCAUGACAGAGACGAGGUGACCAUGUGGGAGGCUAAAUGUACAACUUUUAGUUUGUUUUUAAAACUGAAAUAUUUUUAAAUGACGAGUGACUACAGGAAUUAAGUGUAAUUAUUCAUGAUUUAUGUAUUCUUAUCUGGUGGAAGCGAUUUCUUUCAGCCAUUUAAAAUGAUCAAUGGUAUUACCCCAACUCCUUCAUUUCAUUGAAAUGUUAAAAAUCUGAAAAAAGUCUAUUACAUGUUAUGCUUCUUUUCAUUCUUUACACCAUAAUACCAAUAUUUAUUUGUAUUAUUUCCAUGGCGCUUUUGAGGGUUGCACUUCUAAAUGUAAGGCAUUUGUGUACUUGAUAUCAUUCUCUACUUAUAUGUAAUCUUUACAAAUUUGAUACACAGCAGGACAAUGGAAAGGAUUUUAAAAAUUAACAAGUGGAUGUUAAAAUUGAAAAUCGACAAUUAUUAAACUCUGACUUGUUCCAAUUGUAACAGACAAUGAGAAAGGAAAAAGGAGACCAUCCCCAUGAAGCUGUUACACGUGGGUUGUAUUGGUUUAAAAUUGACACAGCUGUUCAUUCUUCAUUUAAUCCAGAUUUUUAUAGAGGUUUUGGUUUUCAUAAUUACAGUCUGACCCCUGCCCCAGUGCCUCUUGGAUAUGGUAGAUUUGUCUGAUUCUAUUUCAGCAUUUUCAGACUUGAAAUAUUUGGCUUUGAACUAUUAUCAGGUGAUUGUAAUUCAAAGCAAAAUGUAGUAUCAGUCUUCUACAAUCCUUUUUUUCCAGAAUUACUUAAGAAUUAAAGUACAAGAAAAUAAAUUCCUUGAAAUCGAUCAGAAAACUAAACAAAUGCAAGAACAAUGGCAAAAGCACUUAGAGUAUAAACAAUUAAAACAAGCAAAAUGCUGAAUUUGAAUAUGAAGCAUUACUGUUUAUGGAUGUCUUGUUUUUUAGCUGUGCAAUUCAGACAUAUUACAAAAGGACUACACGGAAUGCUGUGUGAAUGUUGGAAGAAAGUGCACAUAUAAUUACUCGAGUGAUGUUCAUACCUCUGGCAUUGUGCCAUUCAGUUAACUUGCCCUCAUCAGUCUCACUUUGGGGUAGUGCAUUUCGAUGUACCUGGUUAUUAAUCGUUGCAUUUCUUUCUGUUUUACUGAACUCUAAGUGCUGUUUUACAUUUGAAAGUACCACAGUGUGUACUUGUGCCCACUGUUUGAUUUCUUGGCUUGCAAAUGAUUUUUCAGCAGUUUUCCUAUUAAGAUUAUCAUGUUCCUUCAUGGACUGUUUUAAAUCACUAUUUGCACUACACAUUACUAUUAUCUUUUGGAUUUUUCUUUGAUUUAAUACAGUUAAUGCAUUGAAAUAGGUAUACAUUUACAGUUGUUCAGCUAUUCAUUUAGGUAGAUAUUAAAAAUAUCAAAUAAUCUGUACAACUCUUGCUGCUGUAUGUGAAAUUAAGUACAUACUGAUUACUACACAAGAGCAUAGCAGAGCUGCAAUUUGUACUUUUCUUACAGGCCUUGGCCUUUGUGUCUUAUAGACAUUUGGAAUGAAGCAGAACAGUAUUCACUUAUAAGAUGAAUAUUUUAAGAUAAAUAGGAAACAAAGUAACCUGUAACCUUGCUGUUAUUCUUCAGUAGGAACACCAUCAAGCAUUACAGGUACUAUAUUUGUGUUACAGGUUAUAAACAUUUUUCCCUGAAUCGUGAGCUCUAACAUUUUUAUUUAAUGAUAAUGAACCAUUUGUUUUAAAAGAGUUUGAAAGUGCAGGGUGACGUUGACUUCAGCUACUUAGUGUUUUUCUGUUGAGUUGAACAGUAAUCACUGGUUUGACAGAAAAUAAUGCCUUCAUUUAAUAAAAAGUUAUUUGUUAGAGCAGACUGGAAUUUCUUUUCAAGCUUCUGCUAGGUAAUGGAUUUGCAGGUUUUUAUUCUGUUUUGGAAAAAGCAGGCCUCUAUUUUGUAUUAACUUGUGUGUAUGCUUAGAAACAUUCUUAAAAGUUAUUAAAAAGAUGGUGUGGGAUUUUAAAAUGUAAAAAUAAAGCUCACUCCUCAUUUUUUUGACAAUAUGUAUAAUAAAUGCAAAACGUUUUUUUAAUACAGUGAGGCUGCCUGGAGGGUACUUAAGUUGCAACUCUAUAAGCAUUGGGAGUAGGUUGGUGGUUUAAACAAAACUGGAGGGAUGUAAAUAAUACAAACUCUAGCCAAAAUAACUAUCCCAAUAGCUUUACAAUAGUGUUUAAUGUGUUUAAUGAUGCAGUUUGUCACAUUUGCUUGACUUGACAGGGUUUAAGGGUUGUGACAUCAAAACAUUAUUGCAAAUAUCAUUUUGUUAAUGUAUGUUUGUAAUCAAACCCCAAAUGAUUUUACAUGAGACACAAGACUAAGUGAUCCAAAAGGCCAAUUUGGAGUAGCUGGAAGCAAAGUGACAUUAUUGUUGACUUCUUUGCCAAUGAAAAGUAUCCAUUUUCUUAAAAGAACUCUUGUGACGUACUUCUUUACAAAUGUACUGCCACUAAAAAGAUAUAGAAAAGGCAAACAAGUGCCUUCAUUUGUUUCUUGCUUGUAUGUCAAACCACGGCAGGCCCUAAUUCAUUACUCUGAACAGCACAGAAAAGGCUUUGUGGGCUGAGCAAUGUACAGUAGAUGCAAUUUGACUAUGCAAAGGCUGCAGCCUCUCAGGUGAGGAGCAGGAGGAGGUAAAGCGACAUUGGCGCACAGGAGUGCUGCCACCAGCAUCUCUGGGCUCCUGGACUGGAGGGGAUAUAUCCUCCUGCCUAUAUCCUGUAAAGUGCUUUCUUUGAAUUGUUAGGAGUGUGCAUAUCUACUGCCAAAAUGCUUUGGUUUUGAAAAAAAGUAUUGCUUAUGAGAUGGGAGAAACCUAUUUUUUUUUUUUUAAACAAAUUGUGUUUAUUAAGAUUUGCUAAUUCUGGCUUAUGACAAUCUAGGUGUAUUGUAAGUGUAUUUUAUCUUGUCAUAACAGAUCCCAUAUGCAAUGCCAAUGUCUUUUCACUUUCUAUUUUGUCCUGGCGCUUAAGUAAAGGGAUUAUUUUUUCAAGCA